AAAAUAGUUUGUACAAUGAUGCACACACAAAACAAAAAUAAAUAGGCGAGACUUCAAUGUAAAACGCAGUUUUCUUCGCGGUCACUCUUUUCUCUCUUAUGUUGGCGCAUACACAUAGAACAGAUGAAUGAGCGAGCAUGUUAACGAAUGGACAGCGGAACUCAGCCAAUUCCCGUCUCAUUCCUGACAAUUCUAUAUAGUAGUGUCUCCCUCUCCCUCGUCGAGUGUCGGUUUGAUUCUUUCACAGUUCUCGCGACUAACUGGCUGGUUUGUGGCUGGCAGCAGGGGCAGUUCGAUUACUCUGGCUGGCUGGUGACGAUGGUAUUCGUGCAUAGCGGCACAUCAGCAGAGUACAGAGCAUUCAAAAAGAAAAUAAGCGGAGAGAAGAGAAUAUAAAAAAAUAAACUUCGCCAUAUUGAAUUGCGAGAAUUCCUGAUUGGUAUUAAUUUUCUAUGCCAGAACCGAGUGUCGUAUCCAGGAUUCCGGAUCUCCGGUGGUGUGUUUAGGUAGCCCCAAUCAGAACCGUGGUAUUUGCAAUCGAACUGAGAAAUGACGGAAUGUGCGAUAUGUAUAAAUUAGAACUGGAUGUGCGAGUGUUGAUCAAAACUUGGAUCCGGGUUUAAGUGCAGUAAAUUGGUACAAACAGCAGAAGAAAACCAUCAAUUUUGAUCCCUAACCAUUAUAUCUUGUGGAUCGAAACUAACACGGCUAGAGCCGCAACAACCAGGUGUGAGAAAAAUUGGUGGACCAAUCAGAACCAGACGACUUCAACGUCUCGCAAAAACUUCGUUCAACCAGCAGUUUCACGACUGGGACAAAAGUGCAACAGUAACGGAGAACAUAAAGUGCUGACAAGAUGAGCAAAGUGGCAUCCCGAAAUAGAUUCGAGAAAACAUGUAUUAUACCAGAGGAUGACAUCUCGAAGAAGCUACCGAAGGAAAUUCUACUCCGCAUAUUAUCCUAUCUUGACGUGACAUCAUUGUGUCGAUGUGGGCAGGUAUCCCGAUACUGGAAUAUCUUGGCGUUAGAUGGGUCGAACUGGCAAAAGAUAAAUCUCUUCGAUUUUCAGCGCGACAUAGAGGGUGACGUGAUCGAAAACAUCUCGAAACGAUGCGGUGGUUUCCUGAAAUACCUCUGCCUCCGGGGCUGCCAAUCGGUGAGCAGUCAAUCCAUUCGCACCCUAGCGGCUCACUGCCAUAACAUCGAGCAUUUGGAUCUGGCCGAGUGCAAGCGAAUAUCGGACGUCGCUAUACAGCCGCUCAGCAAAUACUGCUCCAAACUCACCGCCAUCAACCUUGAGUCCUGCUCGGAGAUCUCAGACUGCAGCCUGAAGGCAUUGUCCGAUGGAUGUCCGAAUUUAACAGAAAUCAAUGUGUCAUGGUGCAAUCUUAUAACGGAGAAUGGCGUCGAAGCGAUAGCGAGGGGUUGUGCAAAGAUUAAGAAAUUUAGCAGUAAAGGUUGCAAACAAGUGACGGACAGGGCUGUUAUCGCACUAGCAUUAUAUUGCCCAAAUAUUGAGUUUUUGAAUUUACAUAGUUGUAAUGGCCUGACAGACGCAUCUAUAUCGAAGAUAGCCGAGAAAUGUAUUAAUUUGAGACAACUGUGCGUGUCCAAAUGUGGCGAGCUUACCGAUCAGACGCUGAUAGCACUGGCGACCUACAACCACUAUCUGAACACACUCGAGGUGGCUGGCUGUAACCAGUUCACCGAUUCAGGAUUUAUAGCAUUAGCGAAGAAUUGUAAAUAUCUGGAACGAAUGGAUCUGGAAGAGUGUAGUCUCAUAACCGACGCUACGUUAUUCAAUCUAGCGGUAGGAUGCCCUAGUUUAGAAAAAUUGACCCUUUCACACUGUGAGCUAAUUACUGACGAAGGCAUACGGCAGCUGGCCGCAGGCGGUUGCGCUGCCGAAAGUUUAUCCGUCCUCGAGUUGGAUAACUGUCCACUAAUCACCGAUGCAACCCUCGAACAUCUAAUAUCCUGUCACAACCUACAGAGGAUAGAGCUUUACGACUGCCAACUAAUAUCUAGAAACGCUAUACGUCGUCUUAGGAAUCACCUACCAAAUAUCAAGGUACAUGCCUAUUUUGCCCCAGUGACACCGCCACCGACUUCAAACGGACCACGACCCAGGUAUUGUCGAUGUUGUGAGAUUCUCUGAGAUCAGGCCAUUGGCUUGGCCAGGAAGGUUCUCUGUAGGAGUAAAGAUGACUGAUAUUUAUACUUAUAAUCUUAAAUAAGACAAAUUGGCAUCACGGGGGCAACUUGUGCGAACGAUAACAACUAAUUUCCACAGUGUAACUGAAAAAAAUCCUCCUUUACUCAGAGUGUGAACGGAGUAAAACUGAAUGAUAAUAAUCUAUACUAAUCAUCAAUCAUGUUGUAUGGCCGUAAAAUUCGAGUAUGACAAACAGUGUAAAUACAACUGGCGAGGGAAUUCGAUAUCUGCCCUGUUUUCUUUCAUGCAAAAUAAACACAACAACACACACAAACAUUCACAGCAGAUGAUGAUAACACGAAUUUCAACCAGUGCAAAAGAACCAGGCUAACAUUUAUCGAGAUUAUAUUUUUGAAACACAGCUAACAGAUUCGAACCGCAUUCGUUUCCUAAACACUUCUGCAGGAUUCGAACCAUUCAAAGCAAAAUAAAUUGAAAACCAGUAUAAUAUAAACAAACAUGUGUUCAAUUAGAAAUGAAAGGAAAACACGUAGAGCAAAUGAAAGAACUGGAAUUUUGCAUUAUUUGUUAGCAAGUAGAAGCCACCAGUCAGGACGACAUAAAUAAGCUUAAUUACACAUUCAUACGACGAUUACUUUAGAAGUAGCAACAGUAUGUUGAAGGUGAAAAAAUAUGAAUAAGGCAAAACAUCAAACAGUUUAAUUGAAAUUAAAUAAAGAACAAUAUCAUAAGAAAAUUGAUAACGCAAAUAACAAGAAAAAAAAUCACGAGAAAAAACAAUAAGCUCUAGUUGUAAUGACCUUAGUAGUAAAGUAGUACACGAUUAUUAGAACUAGAACAAGCGGACACAUGAACCAUGAAUGUGAAUAAAGGAAAAUGAUGGUCUGUUUUCGUCGGAACGAAGGGACGAUUUUGCGGAGCAAAUUAAAUUAUUAUUCAGAUCUAUUGAAAAAAAAAUGAGAAUGAUAUGUGAUACAGAUGAAAAGAAUCAGAAAAAAAACACAAGAAUCCGGUUUGGAUGUUAGAAUGUUCUUGAGCGAGGCACUACUUGCGGAUAGUGGGAAAAUAAUGAAUGCAUAAUUCAUCAUGUUGCUUUUAACAUAAAAGAGUAGCUCAAAGAUGUAUGCUUUCCAUGGAUGGUUGGAGAAAGUUAGCUGAGCAGAAUGUAUAACCCGAAACAAACCGAUUUGGUCAAAGCAAGGAGCUAAUUUGAUUGUGAUCUAUACAUAAACAUUCAAACUAUAUUUACGAAGCUAAAUCAUAAGCUGACAUAUUAGAAAAAAACAAUGAAAAACAAGGUUUUACAUAUAAAUAUGAAAAGCAGAGAAUGAAUAUUUUCUGAUAACUGUA